AUGGCGCAGAACAGGCAUUGGGAGCAGGACAAGGAGGCGACCGUCUACAUCGGAAACAUCGACGAGCGCGCGACGUCGGCCAUGGUCUACGAGAUCAUGCUGCAGAUGGGCCCCAUCCACAACAUCCACAUGCCGCGCGACCGCGUCACGCAGACGCACCAGGGCUUCGGCUUCGUCGAGUUCCGCACGCCCACCGACGCCGAGUACGCCGCCAACGUCAUGAACGGCGUCAAGCUGUACGGCAAGUCGCUGCGCGUCAACAAGGCCAGCGCCGACAAGCAAAAGGCCGCCGAGGUCGGCGCCGAGCUGUUCAUCGGCAACCUCGACGCCAUGGUCGACGAGAAGAUCCUCUACGACACCUUCAGCCGCUUCGGCCCCCUGCUGACCCUGCCCAAGGUCGCGCGCGAGGAGAGCGGCGCCAGCAAGGGCUUUGGCUUUGUCAGCUAUGCCGACUUCGAGAGCAGUGACGCCGCCAUCAACAACCUGCACGGCCAGUACAUCCUCAGCAAGGAGGUGUCGGUGCAGUACGCCUUCAAGAAGGACGGCCGCGGCGAGCGCCACGGCGACGAGGCCGAGCGAGAGCUGGCCUCGCAGGCCAAGAAGCGCAACAUCGCCCCCGAAGCACAGCCUGUGCCCCAGGCCUUCCUGCAACCGCCGCCCUCGGCCGCGCCGCCAGCUCCUGCCGGCUUCGACCCGUCCGCCAUGGGGAUGCCUCCCAUGGGAGCACCUCAGCAGGGCAUGCCAUCCGGCUUCGCACCUCCUCCCCGGGGACCUCCUUCGUACAACGCCGGAGCGCCACCCCACGGAGUCCACCGAGGCUCGGCUCCUCUCCCCCCGGCGCCGUCCGGCCUGCCAGCGCGACCGCCUCAGGGUCAAGCCGGAUUCACCAACCCUGCCGACUUCCACCCAGGAAGCUUCCGGCCUCCGAACGGAGCUGCACCUCCCCAGGGCUUCCCAGCAGCUCCUCCUGGAUUUCCCACUCCUCCAGGUGCUUCUGGCACUCCUCCUGCUCCUCCCGGCUUCAUGCCCCCUCCCGGCUUCCAGCCCCCCCCUGGAUUCCCCCGUCGGUGA